AUGGCGCCGGCGGGCAUCCCGGCGCAGCCGAUCUGCUUCGAUCUCGCUCCCGUGCCGAUGCAGCCUCAUCGGACGCAGGCGUCGACCCGCUCCGAUGCGGUGCUGGUAUCCCGGCCGUGGCAGGAGAAUGCGCUGAAGGGCUACUCGUCCAGCCUGGAGGCCAAGAGCGGGCGGGUGAACGCCCUGAUGGCCAAGCUGGCGGGCGGCGAGCGCCUAGAGCGAGAGGAGGAGAUCGAGAUGAUCCGGUGCAUGACCGAGUCCAACGACAUGUGGCGCGCGACCAACCUGCGGCUCCGGUUCGCCGACGACUUCCAGGCGGUCGAGCUCUUCAUGCUGAUGGAGGCCUUGCUGCAGCAGGAGGGCCUGUCCGUGGACAUCUCGAAGGGUAAGAAGCGGCACACGCAUAGAUCGGAAGGAACGACUUGGUGGUUAGUGCGAUAG